CGAGCUUUAGGUUUGAACCACGACAACGCGUUCCUCAAAGUUAGACUUCCUCUCCCUGCCUAACGCUCUUCGUACCCGAUCGCAACUCUCUCUUGCCUCCUCCUGAGGGCCCGUUGUGGGUACUGGAAAGGUCCUCGAAACACAACGACCAUGUCUGAAAGUCACACUAUGCCGCAGUUGACAGCACAAUCUGCACAUCCGCCUCUGCCACGCCCCAGCUUCACACUUAUACCAGCAUCUCCUUCUAGGCUGGAAGCAUCUAUCCACUCCGAAGAGGCACCUUCAGAAUCAACGUUGGUUCAAGAACCCCUCCCACGAACUCCACAAAAAGCCUUGCAAACAAGCCUUCAGAGCUUUGACCUCGACCAGCAAAGCUACGACUCCCAAGAUGGCACGGGUAGCUUCCAGGGACUCUACUAGUGGCAGAAAGAGACGGACAGUGACAUAGGAGCGCAAAGACAACGCUUGCGGACCAUGGCAGAUAUAUGCUGCAGCACAUUUCUGAUCCUGGUGGCGCUAUUGGGUAUGGUUAUUUUCUUCUACUUUCUUUCUGGACGU